AGGAAGAGUGGACAGUGAGAGAGAAGAGACAGAGAGAAAGGUCUCCCUUUUGCCGUUGGUUCACCCUCCAAUGGCCACCAUGGCCAGUGCGCUGCGGCCGGCGCACCACACUGAUCUGAAGCCAGGAGCAAGUAUCUAGAGGUGCUCUAUGGAAAACAUGGAAAGACAGAUUUAUAAAGCGACCUGCAACAGCCCUUGCACUAAGACCAGAUCAAAUGAUCUCUGAUCAAUUUACAACCAACACCAAGGUUUUGGAAAUUCAACGUAUGUUACAAGAACUCAUAGGUUCUUCAAUGUUCAACAAAAUGGAAAACACUGCAAUCAAAUAUAUCUCAGCAACUAUAUUAAAUCUUUACAAAGCCUUGAGUGCCGUGUGUGAACAAGUCAAUGUUUCUAACAUUGUAAGUGACAGCAUGUUUUUUGAAAAGUAUGAAACAGAAAAAGAACUCUCCAGAAGGAUGAUCUGUGACCUUAGUGAGGAAAACGAGCUGCUGCAACGAAAACUGCAAGAGAAAGAAGAAAACUAUGAGCAGCUAAUUCAAACCACAGUUCGUGCAGGCCAGCAAGAAUAUACAUCAGUGCCCACACCCAGGACCCAUAUCAAGGCUGGGGACAUAGCAGACAGUAUGGACAAUAUUUUAGCCAAGGAAUUGGAAAAUACUUUAUAUAAGUCUCCAACAAAAAAGAUCAAAUCCUCCGAGAUAAAGUGGGGCUCUUCACUUUUAUGUAAAGCCCCAGCUGUACUGACCCCAGAUUGCCAGGACAACAAUACCGUCCACCUGAAGACCAUCAGAAAAUGGGUCCUGGGCCUUUGAAGGGUACUGCUGACUUGAAAACACUGGGGCCAAUGAAACAGCAAGAGGAGAAGAAAGAGGAGAAGCUGCGCAAGGGCCUGAACAGAGAGACAGCUGGAGCUGAACACAAACGCUGCACCCCUCUUCACCGAGUCCUCACCACCUGGAGUGCCUCCCAUUUACCCACAGCCCCACCUAAAAUACAAACCCCUCACUCCUCUGAAAACCCAGGCCCUGAUGACCACUCUGACACCCAGCAGGCCCAGGCCCUAAUGACCACUCUGACUCCCCAGCAGGCCCAGGCCCUGGGUACCACUCUGACCACCCAGCAGGCAGAGGCCCUGAGGACCACUCUUACCCCUCAGCAGGCCCAGACUCUGGGGACCACUCUGA